AUGGAUAAUAUGGCAGUGGCAAAUACAACAGCAUUAAACACGUUGCUUUUGACCUACAUAAACGUAAAUCAACCAGAUAACACCACCAUCACCAAACCCGUAGAUAUAAUGGAAGUGGUGUACGUCCUCCUUCUUUUGGGAUUCUUUGGAUUUUUUACAUUUGGUAUAAUGUUCAGUUACAUCCGCUCCAAAAAGCGGGAGCAUUCUGAUGAUCCCUAUAAUACGUACAUCGCUAAAGACUGGAAAAAAAAUGAACCUCUACCAAUCGCUGUGAAACUGGCAUCCUCAUGUUAUAUCGCAGAAAACCAGUUCGCAGCGGAGCAGCCUACCACGCAGCUACCAUGCAUAAGCACGAACUAA